CUCUCUCUCUCUCUCUCUCUCUCUCUCUCUCUCUCUCUCUCUCUCUCUCUCUCUCAGCUUGCAUACAGCAUGUGCAGGAAAAAAAAUUAUCUCUGUUUUUAGAGGAGCAUUUGUUUCUGAUUUGCGGUAGAAGGUGGGAGAAGGUUUUCUCCGUUUCCUUUUUUCUUCCCCUGAACUGAAGCGCUGAAGCAGUCAUCUCUCAGCCACCAGGUGUGUGCCGCCUUUGAUUUCUUUCUCUGUGUUUGGAAUUCCUUCUUUGAGUUCUUUCUCUGUGUUUGGAAUUCCUUCUUUGAUUUCUUUCUCUGUGUUUGGAAUUCCUUCUUUGAGUUCUUUCUCUGUGUUUGGAAUUCCUUCUUUGAUUUCUUUCUCUGUGUUUGGAAUUCCUUCUUUGAGUUCUUUCUCUGUGUUUGGAAUUCCUUCUUUGAUUUCUUUCUCUGUGUUUGGAAUUCCUUCUUUGAGUUCUUUCUCUGUGUUUGGAAUUGAACCCUGUAAUCCCUAAAGAAAAGGAAGCAUCACCUGCAGGAACAGCUGUAGCCACUGGGAUUCCUAGCCCGUAUUAACAGCCAGGAACGUGACCAAGCCCAAUCCCACGGUGUCGUAAUGGCAGACAGCAGACAGCCAGAGGAAAGCACGCCACAGUGGGCAGCACCAGGGACUCGCAGUGACACCUCCCCCAACCCCCACACCCCACCUGAGUACAAGGAGCAGCCUCCCGCAGCAGCACCCAGCGAGAACGGCUUCUCCUCCUACAGGGACUGUCCAGCAGGGGGGGCACCAGCUGCAGCCUCCUACCCUGCCACCAAUGAGAACGGCUUCAAUGGAGACCUGGCGUCAGGGGGCAUGGUCACAGCAGAGCAAGUGUCAGCGAGGAUAGUUCAAGAGGUGACAGCUGAAGCAGUUGCGGUCCUGAAAGGAGAGCAAGACAUAGAGUUGCAGCACAAGGACACAGCGAAAAGGCUGCCCUCAGUUGAAGACUCCAAUCUACCACCCUCCCCUCCCCCAUCUCCUGCCUCAGGACAGAUCGGACCUCUGAAGGAAGAUGUAGGGGAUAAGGAGAAGGUUGGCCCUCUCCGACGGUUCCAAAAUUCUCGGGAGAGGUGCAAGUUCCUAGCCCCCUCCAUCUCGGUUUCUGUGCCUGACGAUGAUCCCUACCACUCAGAUGACGAGUACUAUGAUCACCCCUUAUUCAGCUCCGAGUGGACUCACUCUUGCACACUCCCCAGUGGGGAAGAUGCCUUGUUUAGUCUGAUUGAAGUAGAAGAAACUGUAGAGAGUCCUUCGGCAGCCGACGAGGAAAAGCAAUCAGCCGCAGCAGCUGAGCAUGGGCCUGAUGCUAUUGAGCACUUACAGCAGGCAAAGCUAAAAAGCGAGGCCCAGGCUCAGCCCUGUCCACAGGCCGAGGCCGAGGCAGCUAGUGAAGCGCGCGUGCCGACAGCGGCACCCAACGGGAGAGGUGACGAGGCAGGGGAGGGGAAAACCCCUCAGGAAGCCCUGAAGAUGGACACACAGAGCCAAGGGGGGGCAGUCAGCGGUCAAGCCCCUACCCUCAGCUCGGACCUCAAGGAAGCUGAGAGGUCAGAGGAGAAAUCUAAUGUGCAGCCUAAAACUGAACCCCAAACAACUCCACCUUCAGAGGAGGACAACAAGGAAGACCAUGCUCCAACUCCUCAGUCCAAGGAUUCAGAAACCCUCCCUUUGAAAGGUAUAGAGACACCUGCUGUGACUGAGCCACCCAAAGCUGAGUCAGGUCCGUCAGGGUCCACUGCUUCUCCAGCAGAAGGAAAAAUCCAGUCUGAAGAUUCCACAAAACUAUUGUCUAAAGAAUCAGAUAAAUGCACUGACAUUGUGAAAGAUUCUAGUGAGAUUCCUGCAAAUACUGCAGAGAAGUCAGAUAAAACUUACCCAGAGGACCAGAAAGUAAACCUCACUGAUGUUUCCCAAACCAAAGACACCCCAGCUGGCAAACUUCCAGGAGAUGUGGAUGUACCAAGCAGUCCAAAACCACAGGCUCCAGAUAGCCAGUCUACAAAAGACAAGCCUCAAGAGUUAAUCACUGAGCCACUGAUUAGUUUGACAAAGACUGGUGUGGGCAGUUUAGACAAAGCGGAAGUUACCAAACAAGACAAAGAUGUUAAACCAGAUGCAUUGCAGGCUGUAGACCUUAGUGUGAAAAAGGAAGCAGUCAUUAUCUCACAAGAGGCAGCUUCUAGUAAAGAAGAACAUUCUUCUGUUAAAACACAAGAGAACAAAGAGGACAAGGAAGAGGUUAAGUCAGAAAUUGACGUUUUCGGUGCAGCAGAAAGUGAAAGCAAACUGGUUUUGGAUCCAAAGAAAGAACCAGAGAAACGGGGAGCCUCUAGUAUCAAACCCUCUGAACCUUGUGAAGACAAGAAGGAUGCAGAUGUCAAACAGCCCCAAACUUCUCUUGCGGGUGCACCAGAUAGCAAAUUAAACGAGGAAGCCCCCACUGAAGUUUUACCAACAGACCAGACAGGGAAAGUGAUUGAAACAAAGCUGGAACCUGCAGAGAAAGAAGAAACCCAAGCAAGCAUCCAGGAGAAGGAGAUAACUGAGGCUAAGAUUCAACCAGCCUUGCAUGACAAAGAUGAACCCUGCAGUGCUUUGGAUCUACAUUUAAAAAGCACGGAAAAGGAUAAAUCAGGAAUGUCAGCCUAUUUUGAGACAUCUGCCUUGAAAGAGGAAGAGGCAAAGGCUGAUGCUCAGCAAGGGGAAGGCUAUUACGAGUUGAGCGAUGCAAGGGAGAAAGCCUCCGAGUCUUUUCAGAGGGUGAUUGAUGAAUCUGAUGCAAGUGGAUUGAUGGAGACGUUCCAGAUUGCUGGUGAUAUUGCUUCAGUCCAGGAGAUAAGCUAUAGCACACUGGCCCAGACUCAAGAUGUGAAACCAGCAGUGGACAAACCAGACAUCCUGAAAAGCCCUGUGAAGGAGGAGCUGAAAACCCUGCCAACGCUGGAGAAGAAGAAGGAUGAAGGUCGUUUGAGUGUAGGCAGGUUGUCGCUGGAACAGAGAAGCUACUCACUGAACAUACCCAUAGCUUCCUUGGAAUCACCAAGGACCUUUUCACCUCUGGCUUCAGACAUUCUAUCCUUUACCAGUGGUAGUCUAGAUGAGCCAACAGACUACCUACCAGUUACCACACCUGCUGUAGAGAAGCGGCCAGUUUUCCCUCCUGUAAUUCUGGAAACCACAGAUGCAGACUCCCCUACAUCCCUACCCACUGGUGAAAGCAAACCAAGCUCCCAGACAGAAUCACCCACAGAGUCCCAGUUCCAAAUGAAGGAUUAUUAUAAAAACGGCAGUGUGAUGGCACCCGAUUUGCCAGAGAUGCUAGACUUGGCAGGUGCCAGAUCCAGACUGACUUCUGAGAGCACAGAUACUGAGCUGAUUAGAAGAAAGUCGGUCCCUGCUGAUAUCCCAGCCCUGGUGGGAGACACCUUGGCUCAGCUUGCUAUAGUGGACAUGAGUCAGAAGGCAGCUAGAAGUGAGAGCCAAGAAGAGAUUGGCUACUGUGUUUUCAGUGAGUACACUGGUCCUAUGCCCUCACCUGCUGAUUUGCACAGCCCCCUGGGUUCACCUCUCCAAAUCUUCACCACACCAGUUUUAGAGGAGUACAAGGAAGAAAUUAUGAAAGCAACUGAGUCUAUGGAAACUCAGGCAGAGCCUGCUGAGAAGGAAGUUCUCAUGGAAGAACCCAAAGCAGAAGAGACUAGAAAGGAAGAAACAACAGAGGACAAAGAAGUGAAAGAAGAUUCUUCUAAAGUAGAACCACUUGAUCAACAUGACGGCUCCUGUGAAAUCAAGGAAAGUGUAACCAUGGAAGGGGUUAGUAAAGAAAGCAGUAAAGCAGAGACAGAUGCACAAGUUGGUGUUUCAGGGAACGAAGAAGAAAAGGAAAGCGAACUGGAUCUCCCAGCUAAACCUAAAGUAGUUCCUGAUGUCAAAAGGCAGACUGUUCCUGAGGUUGAAGAGCAAGAGAUGCCAAGUGAAGACAAAGCCUCAGAGUCCUUGAAAACUGACCAGCAAGAGGAGGUUAAGAAAGGUACUGAUGAAGUGCAGCCAGACAAGACAAGUCAAGAGGCCAUCCCUGAGCCUCAACCCAAAGCUAAACCUUUAGAGGAGGUCAUCCCUGAGGGUAUGAAGCCUGAACAUUCAGCAGAGGAAAAGACAGAUGUGAAGGCUGAUUCCAAAAAUGAACUACAAGCAGAGGGUGAUUCCGAAAAAGAACUUCAACCAGAUUCUGCUUCUGAAAAAGAACCAAAAUCAGACGCAGGUUCAGUAAAAGAACCACAACUUGAGGAUAGGUCUCUGAGCUUAGCUGAAGGGCGAGAACUACUAGAAACAAAAGAUAAAAUGAAAGACAAGCCAGACUUGGUGCACCAGGAGGCCUAUGAAGAAGUGGAUGCAGAAGACGCCUAUCAGCUCAUGGGCGUUCUCGGCUCCAAUGAGGAAGGAGGUACGAAGCCUAAACCUGUGAAGCAGGUACCAUCUAUAGAGGUCACAAUUGAGGUCUAUAAAGCUGCAGAAUCAAAGCAGACAGUUGAGGAAUUGCCCCCAACAGCCAAGGUUGCUGAUGAAGAGAGGCCAGAGGAAGAGAGGCCAGAUGAAGAGAGGCCAGAGGAAGAGAGGCCAAAGGAAGCUCCUCUUGAGCCUGUACUGGCUGUUGAACCUGUGAGGCCAGAGGAAGAGAGGCCAGAUGAAGAGAGGCCAAAGGAAGCUCCUCUUGAGCCUGUACUGGCUGUUGAACCUGCGAGGCCAGAGGAAGAGAGGCCAGAGGAAGAGAGGCCAGAUGAAGAGAGGCCAAAGGAAGCUCCUCUUGAGCCUGUACUGGCUGUUGAACCUGCGAGGCCAGAGGAAGAGAGGCCAGAGGAAGCUCCUCUUGAGCCUGUACUGGCUGUUGAACCUGCGAGGCCAGAGGAAGAGAGGCUAGAGGAAGCUCCUCUUGAGCCUGUACUGGCUGUUGAACCUGCGAGGCCAGAGGAAGAGAGGCCAGAGGAAGAGAGGCCAGAGGAAGCUCCUCUUGAGCCUGUACUGGCUGUUGAACCUGCUCCAGUGACUUUGGAAGCUCAGGCCAUGGAAGCUGUGGAACAGAAAGAAGGCGGCGGCAUUAUAGAAGAUGCUGUAGAAGUGGGUGAAGAACCAAAAGAGGUUCUGGAGGAGAUCGCCCCUGUAACGCAGAUAUCUACAGAGGAUGUGGACACUGAUCAAACCCUUGAAACCAGGGGGGCUAUAGAAUCAAUUGUCACCGUGGAAGAUGAUUUCAUUACAGUGGUCCAAACUAUUGAGGAGGGUGAUGACUCCUGCCAUAGUGUGAGAUUCUCUGACCCAGUUGAGGGAGCGGUCAUGCAGGAUGCCACUGAAGAUGAAGAUGGGCAAGCUGAGGUGGCUGAAGAAGAAGAGAUUCAGGCUGCAAGUCUGGAGGAGCUUCCUGUAGCUCCCUCCUCUCCAGAGAAGGAAGUCCCUGUAUCAGAAUGUAGAACAGAGACUUAUGAUGAGUACAAGGAUGAAACAACCAUCGAUGACUCCAUCUUGGAUACCGACAGCGCUUGGCAGGACGCUCAAGAUGAUGACAGGAGCAUCAUGACCGAAAAGAUCGAACCUCUCCCCAAAACUGAGAGCCCUAAAAUUAGAAGACCCUCUGUGGAAAAACACGCGAAGGACAAGGCACUGAGCAGGGGGAAAGGCAGAGUGUCCACCCCUGAAAGGAAAGCGGCCAAAAAGGAGCCCAGUAUGGUCCCGAGGGACGACAUGAAGAAGAAAAAAGCAGUGUUUAAGAAGGCUGAACUUACUAAAAAAUCUGACAUUCAGACCCGGUCUCCUUCCCGGAAAAUCCCAUUAAAACCAGCGGUCAGGUACCCUAGACCAGCUCACCAUCAUUCCUCUGCUAAACGGAAACCGACAGCGGUCGCAGCUGCCGAAGGUAGGCAGCCCCUCAGCACUGCAAGACAAUCCAGGGACAAGAUCGCUAACUCAUCCUCAUCUGCUCUAACAAAGAUUCCUACCACAAAAGAGCGAGCAGCAGCAGCCUUCUUCCCUCCGAGACCCAGCUCAGCUUGCUCGCUCACAGAGAACAAAUCUUACCUUAAGUCAGAGCUUUACUCAGUCCGGCCCUCUUCUGCAGGGUCCAGGGUCUACAAUAUAAACGAUACAGUACAGGAUGGCACCACGCAGAGCCCUGAGAAGCGCUCUUCCCUGCCCAGACCCUCCUCCAUCCUGACCUCGCGCCGAGCCGGCCCUGCCGAUCAUGAGGAGAGCUCCACCUCCAUCACCAGCUCCGGCUCCACCGCACCAAGACGCCCCACAUCGAUUCGAUCUGAAGGACGAGCUGAGCAGAGGGCUAGCCGAAGCGGAGUGGCAGGGACUGAUCAUGCUCGCUCCAGAUCAGCACGGAGUGGAACCUGCACUCCAAUUACCCCGGGCUCUACAGCCAUCACACCCUGCACCCCGCCCAGCUACUCCUGCCGCACCCCUGGGACCCCAGGCACCCCCAGCUACCCCAGGACACCCCGCACACCUGGCACCCCCAGAUCCAUGAGCCUGGCACGCCAGGAGAAGAAGGUGGCCAUCAUCCGCACCCCACCCAAGUCGCCCGCCACCCCCAAACAGCUGCGCCCCCUGAACCAGCCCCUGCCUGACCUCAAGAACGUCAAGUCUAAGAUUGGCUCCACAGAUAACAUCAAGUACCAGCCGAAGGGGGGGCAGGUUCACAUACCAAGUGUAAAAGUUGAUUUUAGCCACAUUCAGGCUAAAUGCGGCUCCCUGGAGAAAAGACAAUAUUCCCCUACAGUUGGAAAUAUACAAAUUCAGAGCAAGAAGAUUGAUCUGAGCCACGUGACUUCAAAGUGUGGAUCUCUCAGCAACAUCCGCUACAGGCCAGGUGGUGGAAAUAUUAGGAUUGAAAGUGUGAAAUUGGAUUUCAAGGACAAGGCUCAUGCAAAGGUGGGCUCUCUGGACAACGCCCGCCACACACCUGGAGGGGGUCAAAUACAGAUUGAAAGCCACAAGCUGUCCUUCAGGGAGUCAGCGCGGGCCCGAGUGGACCAUGGAGCAGAGAUCGUGACUCAGUCCCCGGGUAUGUCGGGGUCCACCUCCCCUCACCACCACAGCAACGUCUCCUCCUCGGGCAGCAUCAACCUGCUGGAGUCCCCGCAGCUCGCCACCCUCGCCGAGGACGUGACAGCCGCGCUGGCCAAGCAGGGCUUGUGAGCACCUCCCUGUGUCCACUCUGUCUGCCCAGCAGUGCAGUGUAUUCAUGAUUUCAAACAACAGCAAGCUAUCUUCAUCAUUCCUUCAUGGUACAGCAUGACAGUUACCGGGACCCUGCUAAGCAUGGCUCCCGAUUAUUACUCAAAAGAUUAUUAAAAAAAUAAGCGAUCACCACUUGUGACUGUGUCCUAGAAAAACAAAAAAAAUUAUCUGUUUUGAUUUUUCCAUUCAUGUCAGACAGACAAAGCACUCUGACUUUUUUUUAAAAUGGGUACAAAGUGAUGCUAACAUCCCACAUGGUAAAUGUCGUUGCUCAGCUCUAUAUUGCAUUGACUUACAAACAUGCAUCUUACAACUGCAAUAGGGCAGUUCACGCUAGUCCAGGCAACAUUGAUAUAUAUAUAUAUAUAUAUAUAUAUAUAUAUAUAUAUAUAUACACACAAGGCUACUUGUCGGCAACAUUUCUGUAAACAAUUUUAAAAAGGGAGAACCCCAAUUAUAACUUCUUAAUGCAUUAUUGCAAGAAUUAAAUGGUAUGUUGAGCAUGUAUGAACUCUAGUAAAAGAGGUUGCUUUCUAUUCAAACAUGUUUUAGUAAGUGAUUUACUAAAUAAAUUAGUGAAUUAUUGAAUAUGAGAAAAUACUUAAUGUUUUGUAGAUAUUAGUGAUUAUCAUACACAAAAACCGUGCUCUUCAUGAGCUCACAAUAGGUCCAUGUUUUAAUUGCAUCUUACAGAAAAAAUGGGUGAUGAAAAUGUACAGCAGUGCUGUAUUAUAAUUCUCCAAGGCCCUUUACAGCUGUAUCAAAAUAUUGUUGUAAUUAAUAAUUGCAGUGCUUCAUGAGCUUAAUAGAAAUCUUCCAGAAUUAGAACCCUCUAUUAAUACCAAACAUGUAUUUAAUUAAGCAGUAUGAGACAGUAAACAGCUUCUCACAAUAUCAGCAUGUUGGUUUUGGGGAUAGGUAUCUCUAGUAUUAAAAACUCCAGUGUUAAUAUCUAUAAUGGGAGCUCCAGUGCAACAUUAACAUUGGGUUGCUGCAGCACCAUUAGAAUACCAUCCCCGGUCCUCUUUUGAGUAUUACACUGUUCAACCUGAGCUUCAGUGUUCAGGAAAACAGAACUUAACUUGCUUUUAGAAAUGCAUGAAUGCAUGCAUUGCAAACUGAGUAUUUUAAUUUCAUUUAUUUUUUAUAUGGCAUUUGGGCCCAUUGAAUUCUUUGAAGCAGGUAUGGUUUUGAAACCCUGUCUGUGUUUAUUUCAGAGUACAUUUAAAAAUUGACCUUGAAUUGUUGAGGGUUUGCAGUCACGUAACUAAUCUGUUUAAAUAAUUAUUAUUUGAUCAAAUUUAACCAAUUUCACAACUGUGUCUGUUCAAAUAACAGUUAGAACUUAAAAAAAAAAAAACAUUACAAAAAACAUGGAGAAUCACACUUGUCUCUCAUCUGUUUGAUACAGUGUUAUAGUUUAUUUUUCUCUGUGGUCAUUUGUGGUAUCCCCUAUAAUAUACCUACUGUUUCAUUAAGCUUCUCUUUGCAGUAUUGUGUUUCCUGCACCCUGCAGUUUCCACUGUUUAAAGAGGUUGGUCAUGUAGAUGUAUGCAGUUUUCCACUGGUAUAUAUAAUACUUGCUCUUGGGGGGAAAAAAAAAAAAUUAGCAUGAAGUGCUUUCUGUAACAACCAAAAGCGGUCACCUGAUUGUAGUGCCAGAUGUUUCUGUAAUGCUAGCUAAACACAUUAUUUAACCAAAAAAAAAACAAAAAAAAAAACAAGUACAAUGUAAAUCGCGUGGAAGAAAGCUUUUGAUGUUACCAGAGAAGGUGCAGAACGUGCAGAGGUUGCUGUUCGUUCGAUGAGACUCUGAAGUAACAAGCAUGUCAGGAAUCGGGGGACAGAGCUUUGCUUUGCUGAAGUUGAACUGCUGAACUGAGCCAUGCUGCUUUUCCAACACGUUUACAUCCAGCAAAAGCUUACAUUAGGAAGCUGUAACAAGGACUACACGAGAUUUAACAGCUUUUCUAUAGCGUUAACCUAGUAAUGUCUGCAAAACAGUCAGAACCUUGGUUUAUAAAGGUAGGAUACUUAACAGUACAGUACACACACAUACACACACACAUAUGCAGGAUUGCUUGCAUCCUAGAUUCCCCUCUAACCAGGGUUGAACCUUUGUGUCCUUUAGUCUUUAGUCUAAUACAUUCAAGCAAAAAGACGUCCCUUAAUUCCAGUUGGUUCAUAAAAGCAGCGUCCCUUACUGAUACAGGUAUAUCAGGACAUAAAAAUGUGGGCCUCUUUUAAUAGCUUUUAGCAGACCAGAGAAGUCGUUCAAAUCUGCACUCACUGUAGCCUUGUGCAGCCCAUGUUAACCCAUAACCCUGCUCAAUCAGUAUAGUUGUGUUUUAUAACUGGCAUAUGAAGUGAAGUAUGGCAAUGGGAUUCAGUUUCAUUCCUGACAUGCGGACUGUACACAAGUCCUAGGGAAUUGAAACUAAGCACUGCAUUCAAUUCAUUACAAUGCGGUAUUAGUGCUGACUGGUGUGCUUUUGAACUAGACUUCAUGAUUACUGUAGUUUGGUAACUAGAUAUUGCAGCCUGAGAAUUGUUUAGAGUGUGAUGUCUGUGUUUUGUAUAACUGGAGUGUGUGAUAGCUGCAGCAGCACCUCUUGAAAUACUUGAAAAUAGGGGUCCUGUUAGAAUGUGAGAUGUUACUAAAUGCUUGCCAGUAGUUUGUAUGCUAUGUAUGGAGAGAUUGUAGAUAGAAUUGUACUUUUAUUUAGUGACUGUAAUCUAUGAACCAUUCUAAUCCUAGCUUGACUUGUUUCACAGUAAAGCAUUAAAACAGGCAGACUUGGUAUGUAUACAGAAGCUAUGUAAGGAAAGCACUAUUCGUAACUGAAUGCAUUUUAAAGAUAGAGGAGAAAUAUAAAGGAAAAUAAAGCAGGUCUUUUACCAUUUUUGUGGUUGCACAAAAGCAAUUCAUCUUAUAUUUGAUAACGCUUUUAUAUAUGAAAAGUUCAACUUUGGCAAAGCAGUAUUAGAUUUACAGCUGGGGCCGGAUUUAUAAAACAUUAGAAACCUGAUGAGUGCAGUGUAGUCCCCAUGGAUUGUUUUUCUUCACUCUUGUGGGUAUUGUAUGAGUGUCUCUAACAAUUUAUCAGACUUGUUUAAUAUUUAUUUUCCUUAAAGGAUUGAUAACCAUCACCAACAUUAUCAUUGGCCCACAUACUGUUGUGUUUAUGAUAAUUUUGAUUGAAAAGGUUGCUGCUUCCUGGACCCUUAUCACUUCCCCGUACAGCAAGCUCUGUGGUCUGUACCAUGGAAGUGAGGGUGCAACACAGGAUGUGACAAGAUACUAGGAAGCAACCGUUUAUACCUUUUAAAAAAGCGUGUAUCCCCUUUUAAAAUGAAAAAGGGAGAAGAACAAAAAGAUAUUUCCCACAGGGGUCAGUGAUUAUAUUGCUCAGACAAAAAGAAAUGUGAAACAUUUAUUUUAAGGCUGUGCAUAUCGUUCCUUUAAGUAGUGGGAAAUAAUAACAUAGCAACCGCUGCAAUACUAGAAACAGUCCUUGUCCACUGCCCAGCAUGCUGUAGCUGUAAAAUCGACCCCUGUGUGCAGAUUCCCACCUGUGGAGUACAAAAGGAUCUCGUUGUGCUUUCAGGAAUCUUUCAAUGUGUGCAUCCUUCUGUUCUGGAGCCUUUUGAUAUUCUCUGGUGGGCUGGUGGUAGCUAGUUCUUUUACAAUCCCAUUUGCACUUGUAUUUGUUGCUGUAUAGUGAUUGUUUUGCAAAAUAAAAAUGCUUCUCUGUA